ACAAGUCUACUUUUCAUUCUAUAUAAAUGGCAAGGCCGCAGUGUACUGUUUUAGGCUGCCCAUUGUGUUUCAACGCCUUUAGCGAUGGAAGAACUAUCUCACAUGAUAGCUACUUAUGACCUGUAGAUACGUCUGAAAAGAGAAAUUUCAAACUCUGCCUCUUUUUUGAGCCUAGUUCUUUUGGAUUAGCAUCUGCCUUGGCAAUCUCCCCCACUCCCAUACCAUAUUUAUUUCAUUUAUUACAUUUUGAUAUGCUAGUCACAGGGAUAUCUUAAGACCUGCCAAGAUUUGCAGAGCAGAGUCAGAGAUGGAUUUCUGGUGCAGAGUUUGCUGUUGCUGCUGCUAUAAUGAAGAAGAACUGGAGAAGAAUCCACUGGUGGUUGCUGGUGACACACUUCAGUACAUCAGCAACUUGCAGAAAAAACGUAAAGCAGAAGCAGAAAACCUAUGGAACGAACCUGUGGACAGCACCCACAUGGAGCGGGAUGAUGAUCGUCAGCUGUUUACAAUGCUGCAGAAGAGGUCAAAACUGCGCCGUGGAUCAGAGGGUUACCGACGUUUGAGUGUUGACAUCAUUGCCCAGCGGCAGAUUCGUCAGAAGGUGAAAGACAGAUGGAAGCAUGUCCUGAAUGCCUUAGGAUUCAAAAACGAAGCAGAUGGUCUUCUCACAGUCACCUCCGGCACGUCAUACGAAUCCCUCCGCAAGCCUCAAGAGGCCCGCAAGCUCCUCGGUGCCCUGGCUGAACAGACAACCAUUUUUGGUCGUAACCGUGGUGCUGGCCCACCAGAGAGAUACCUUUUUGUUCUUGAUAGACUCCUUCUACUGGAUACAGGGGAUGACUUUCUAUCAGCAGCCCGCCAUUUUUAUCCCGUGGAAGAGGAAGAAGAGGAUGACUCAUCUUCCAGUGAUGGAGGUCCUCCACCUCCUGGUCCUGUCUUAGUCAAAUUGGGCAGUGAAGCUCAAGAAGAGGAAGAGGCUGAAGUGGAGGAAGAAGAAACAGAGGAUGCUGAUUUAGAUGUUGAUUUAGAAUGAGAUGGUGAUAUUUAUAUAUAACACCCUUUCUACCAAAGGGCAGAACAUCAACAAAUACAAUCAAGGACAAGGGCAGUAACAAGUAAGAUUAUAAAUAUGUAUGAAAUGAAAUCCUCUAUACCCCAACCCAUCUUAUGAGUCUCAAGCACAAUUCAACAGUUUGAUCUGGUGAAUCAGAGAUAUCCAAACAAGAUAAUCAAUUGAUCUAAAACUCUGGAAAAUCUGUGUAUCAUCUGCAUAAUUGUGAUACUGAAAACCAAAUAAUAGGUAUGGAUAGAGUCAC